AGCUGGCCUGGGGACUCGGCAUCCCGCCGCGGCGCCGCAGCAUGGGGCGCUUCCGCGGGGGCCUGCGGUGCAUCAAGUACCUGCUGCUCGGCUUCAACCUGCUCUUCUGGCUGGCGGGCUCGGCCGUUGUUGCCUUCGGACUAUGGUUUCGGUUCAGCGGUGCCAUGAAGGACUUCUCGUCAGAAGACACAUCCCCAGAGUAUGUCUAUGUGGGACUCUACGUGCUGGUUGGAGCGGGAGCCCUGAUGAUGGCCGUGGGGUUCUUCGGCUGCUGUGGAGCCAUGCAGGAGUCCCAGUGUGUGCUCGGAUCUUUUUUCACCUGCCUCCUGGUGAUAUUUGCUGCUGAAGUAACCACUGGAGUAUUUGCUUUUAUAGGCAAGGAUGUAGCUAUCCGACAUGUGCAGACUAUGUAUGAGGAGGCAUACAACAGUUACCUGAAGGACAGGGGAAAGGGGAAUGUGACACUCAUCACUUUCCACUCAACAUUUCAGUGCUGUGGGAAAGAAAGCCCUGAGCAGGUCCAGUCCACGUGCCCAAAGGCGCUGCCAGGAGACAAGAACUGCAUUGAUGAAAUUGAGUCUGUAAUCAGUGUUAAACUUCAGCUCAUUGGAAUUGUUGGCAUUGGAAUUGCAGGUUUCAUGAUCUUUGGUAUGAUCUUCAGCAUGGUUCUCUGCUGUGCCAUCCGGAACUCCCGGGAUGUGAUCUGAAGCUGCAGCUGUGUGCUUCCGCAGAGCCAAGAGCUGCCUCCCAGAGCGUCUUUACUAAUCAGAGGACACUCAUAGCAUUUGCUGUUAAUUGUACAUUUGCACAUGUGUGUUUGACUUGUUCCUGGUUCCCCUGUGAGUGGAUGCUACACAUGACGACAAAGAGCAUUCUCAUUUGUGGUCUGUGUGUUUGGGUACAUGCGUUUUAUAUAUAGUGAUAUCUGUUUGCUGGAAAUUCCUGCUCUUGUCAUGAGAGAUAUAGAACUGAUUUAACUCGGCAGGGGGUAUUUUUUAAAAAGCUUUGAUAAACUUGAAAAUGAGUGAUAACGGGUCAGUCUCUCAGAUUCUAGCCAUAGAACUGAGACAGAAAGAUUGGGGGUUUCUAGCCAACAGAAGCAAUAAGCUAUGGGAGCUGAGAGUAGGAUCACAGUGCAGUGUGAAAUUGCCUGUGCCUGAGUCGACUACGUCUGAGUAUAUGGGUUUCCUGGGAUUUUUCUUUUUAAAUACACACUCUCCCUAGAAUUCAUUGCAAUGU